GCCAGAUUGAGCCAGAGCCAGUUGUGCGAGCCCGUUUUAAAGUUACACUGUUGGGAAUCUUUCGGUGUGCUGUUUUGGAUAGGCUUUCUCCUCGUAUAUUAACAAAUACAACAACAAGCCGGAACAGGAAAUCGCCAUUGAAUUGACCACAUCGAGGCUUCACGAUGGACAACGUUGCAGUUUCUACACGAGACCACACCAAUAAGAAGCGAAACAAGGAGAAUGCUCAGCCUGCCUAUGGAUCCAAGUCCUUCAUCAGAAACGACAAACCGUCUGUUACUCCCUUCCAAAUGACAAGCAACAAAAGAGAUGACACCUUGGAAAAACAUGGUCCUCUUGUGGACACAAAGUCAACAUCUGGUGAGGCCCUGCAGAAAGUAAAGCCUCUGCAGAACACUGGUAGAGCUGCUGCUGAUGUCAAACCACGACAAACACACAGCCGGGCCUACCUCAGCCAGCAGGCUGUGAGACACAAGAAAAUAGUUGCAGAAGCUCCAAAGCCACCAGCUGCUGUGCCAUCAUCAAAGUCUGCUCCCGGCAUGUACAAAGGCAAAGUCGUCCAGUCUAAAAUUGGAUCCAUUUGGAAGUCAACUACCAGCAUUAGCGAGCUGGAUACUAAACCAUCAGCACCCAAAACACAAGGCCAGAGGGUCGGAAAUGUCACGAAAUGCAGAUCCAAAUCUGUUGCUGACCUGCCUGGGUAUAGCAUGCAGAAACCUGUGCCGACCAGUUCCAAGUCAGCGUUGGAUAGACAUGCUCAGGUCUCCAAGCCUGCCCUCUCCAGCCGCCCCACCGCAGGAUUCCGCUCUGCUCGUCCCCCUGCCAGGACCGCCCCAGCAACACUAGCCAGCACCAGCUCCAGAAACACUAAAGUGGCUCCCACAAAGGGGACCAGCACUCAGAACUCAAAUAUUUCAGUGACAGACAAGAAGGUCAACAAACCUCCUGUCUCAAGUACCCUCAGUCAGUACAGAUUCAACAUGGAGACUGCAGAGGAAAGAAGAGCAAAACUUGCAGAGUGGAUGGCCUCCAAGGGGAAGACUUUCAAGAGACCAGCCAGGGCGACAGCAGAACUCUCUAAAACCAAAGUCUCUGCAAAACCUGCAGCUGAUCUCAAACCAAAGUCUCAGCCAGCUGCACAGAGCAAACCUGAAUCCAGACUGGAACACAAGCCGGACUCUGCUGCCGCGGCUCACUGUGCAGACACACAGGGAGCAGCGCCAAUACACGACAGAACUCCACUCAUCAUGAACACCACCCUGGACCUGCUGGAGGACUCUGAUGCAGGUCUGCCUGGUGACCCACAGGGCAGUGUGGAUGAUAUCGUCCUGAACCUGUGUGAUGUUUUGGAUGCCAUGGGGACUCCCUCUAAAUGCCAUGAGCCCUCACUGGUGACAGAUGUGUCCUGUGAUUCUGAAAUGGAGGACAGCCAACCAGAGGAUGAAUGUAAAGAGGAGGAGCUGAACAAGGGAACGCCUGAGGAUGUUGGCAAGCAGCCAAAGGUUGAGCAAGUGAAGCACCAAGUAGAAGAAAGUGAUGGCGUGGAGACGGAGGAAGAAGUAGAAAGUGAUGAUGAUGUACAAUGUGUGACAGAGAAUAUGCCGCAGAGGGAGGGGGCUUCAAUGAUAAAGUACAGUGUGAAGACCACACCAUAUCUGCAAAGUGUCAAGAAGACAAUCCAAGAGGAGGCCAGCACAAGUAGUUUUAAGAAAAAGAACAACAUCAAAGAUCUGAAGUUCCUGACACCAGUGCGGCGCUCCUGCCGCAUCGAGCGGAAAUCGUCCCGGCUGCCGGCGAUGCUGAUGGAUCCUGAUCCCUGCGUGUCCUCGCUGGCGGAGCUGGUGAUGCUGGACGGCGAUUCCAACGCCUACAUCUACAGGAAGAACCACGCUCUGCUGGAAGACCUGCCAGACCAGCCCAGACUGUGAGGAGCGCUGUGUGGGACUCAAGCUAAUGGACACUUUACACUCGUAUUUAGUUUUUAUGCUGUUUUAUUGUAUUGAGGAAAACAUUGUUGUCCUUUUUUAUUGUAUUCUGAAUGUAUUUACUAUCCUCCAACACUUUCUAUGUUCAUCUUUUUUAAAUAAAUGUGACAGAUUGCUAAACGCAGUGCAAUAAAGGAAUGCUUUAUCUUAA